CACAGCUCUUUUCAGGAUCGUGAUUUAUUCCACUUGGACUUUUCCAGGCAUCAACAGAAUGACGGACAAGUCAAAACGGAAAAAGGUGAAAAUUCGGCCAGGCAUUCCUUGGGGGAAAAAUGGGAAACCUUUACCUGAGAACAAUCAGGAAGGAGGUGUCCAUGAAGAGGACCAACAUGACAAAGCCUCAGCUCAGACCACCUUAAACACCCAUGAGGAACAGCAGAGUGUGAAAGAGAUCACACUUCAGGAACUAGCCGAGCUUCUUCAGGUGACACCUGACGACAUCUCUGUGAGCCCUGGCACCUCUGAGGAUGGAUCUUGUUGUGCAGUGCCUCACUCAGGACAGGAGAACCAGCAGAGUGUUGUUCAACUGGUAAAAAGAUCUGUGAACCAGCACUUUCCGAAGCCACCGGCAGAGCUGGAGAAGAACCUUCAGCAGCACCUGUUGGAAGUGGAGACAGUCGUGCAGACUCAGCUUGAGAGGCUGGCUUCCCGGAUUACAUGUAAGGAGUUGAUGGGUUGUCUGCUUGACUGUUACCAUCGUCAGACAAUUGAUCACCUGCAUGGUCUACUCCAGAACAUCAGCACCCCCAAGAAUUCCUUCAUGCUGUUAAACUGGGUCCAACACACAUAUCUUAUUAUUAUAAGUCGGGACCUACCGGCCGCUGCUUCCCCUCAAAGAGUGGAUCACAUAAAAUAUGUCGACCUCAUACUGUUCACAGAGUGGGUGACAAAAGCAAAGGACAAACUGCUCGAAAAUGUGCAGAAAGACGUCAGAGCAUCUCUGGAGGAAAUCCUGCAGAAUGAGAGAAGCCAAGAAGGCGGUGAUAGUGACGAAGCUUUCGUUCAACUGAAUGUGGACUCUAUUCAGUGCAUCAAUGCCAUGUACAAAUCUGCAGAAACAGUCAGCAAAACACUGUCUGACCGUGUUCAGGAAGUUUGUUUCCAAGAGCUGCUGUUGUUUGUGAAGAGGUACACUAAUGAGCAGACUGAGAUUCUUAGAAAUCAAACACAAAAGGCAGAGCCAGACAUGAAACUCUUUCUGAAGACUUUGCAAAACUGUGAAGCUCUCAAGCAGCAUGUCCAGACCAAAAGUAACAACAGCAAAACUUCCCUUCCUGAGGACACUGUGAAAGUGCUUGAAGAGAUGAAGGAUGUAACUAUGAAGCUUCUGUUGGAGAUUGUUGCUGGCUACACCGAGAGCCACCUUAAGAGCUACUUCAAAUCGAAGAAUGAGCAUUUCUCCAUGUUGGUUGACGAAGUAAAAAUGAGUUUCCCCAAACUGAUGUGGUGUCAGGAUGUCCAAGAGAGAGUGAUGGAUGAUGUAUAUAAGCUGAUCACUGAACUUUAUUUCAAACAUCUUGUCCAAAGCAAACAGAGCAAACUAAAGAAGUGCUGGAGCUCUGAUGUUUGGCAAAAAGUGACAAAAGAUGCUGAGCUGCUUCACUCCACCAUCUCAGACAUGGCCUUUGGUGUCCAAAAGUGGAACCGCAUGCUGCUGAAAAUCACAGAAUUGUUGAAGUGCAAUGACACUGACGGACUGAAACUUGAAGUUGCAAGCAUGCAGCAGAUGGGUAUCACAAAGAGAGAGGAUCUGGAGCUCCUGCUGCGAUGGAAAGGUCUCUCUAAACAACAGGUCAGGGAGGUGAUGGAGGCCCUUCCUGACCACCAACCCACACCCAGACCAGUGUCCUGGUACAACAGUCUUAUGUGGCGAAGGCUGAGAUCUACAGAAGAUUAAACAUUUGGGAGACUUUAGGAGCAGACAUGGUGGUUUUUAUAACAUUUGAUAGAAUUGUGAUUAGGAUUCAGAAAUCAGAAAUCCUGAUUGCCAAAAUUUCUGUCAUCUGUUUAGAUGUUUAUGUAAAAAUAAAUUAUGUAAAGCACAUGCUGUAUUUCAGUGUAUGUGUCAUUGCAGGUUUAUCCUGUUUUAUCUUUCCAUCACAAUGCAACAGCAUUGCUAAGAUGCUAAGCUAUGUAUGGGUAGAUGGUUGGUGCUUUUUUUUGUCACUUUAGCUUAAAAAUCAACAAAAAUGUCCGAAAAAAACAAACAAAAUAUAUGUGAGUUUUGUAGGUUGUUAAAGUUUUAUGUACAUUUCUAAAUAUUUACAGGUAUUUAGGUGGUUUAUGGUUGAGGGAAAGAUAACUUUUAAAUAAAUUCAACAGUAAAAUUUGGUUUUGUGCAAAAGACCAAAGUGAUAUUUUAGCCAAACUCUAGUAUUAUGGUUUCUAAAAUAAAUAUUUGUAUGGUUAUCCAAAUCUCAUCCAAAACAAAAAGAAAUAAAUUAUUUUUUGUAUUUUUUAAAUGUUAUGUACUGUUUACCUUGGUGGUGGGUUUUUCGAUUUUUGUUUUUUCUUUUAAGAAACUUAUAGAUGGGUUGUAAGAACAAUGUUUCUUCUUUUUCUGUCAGCAAUAUAAUUAAUAAACUUCAAAAUGAUUCA